AUGUCUUCCUAUCUUCGAGGCUUCCUUACGGCCUAUCCUGACAUUUCCAACAUUUACAUCUGCGCAGACAACCGCGCCGCCUUGUCUCUCCUUUUUUCCCUGCACCCCCACCCGGGGCAGCCCUUCUCAUUCACUUUCCGAAAACAUCUCACGCCGCUCAUGGGCGAUUUUCCUAAUUUAAAACUUACGCUGGUCUGGGUGCCUGGUCACCGUGGUGUA